GAAGAUAAGAAGAAAUCGGAGGAGAAAAUGGAGGAGAAGAAAGAUGAAGAGCCGCAAGUGAAAUCAGAGGAUAAGAAAGAAGAAGAGAAAGAGAAGAAGAAAGAGCCUCAAGAGAUUGUUCUUAAGAUCUUUAUGCAUUGUGAAGGUUGUGCUAAAAAAAUCCAUAGAUGUCUUAAAGGCUUUGAAGGAGUGGAGGAUGUAACAACUGAUUGUAAAACUAGUAAAGUGGUGGUGAAAGGAGAGAAGGCAGAUCCACUAAAAGUGUUGCAGAGAUUGCAAAGAAAGAGUCACCGUCAAGUGGAGCUUCUUUCGCCGAUUUCGGAGCCUAAAGCGGUUUCAGAUGAAGCGGUGAAGAAAGAGAAGGAAAUAGAGAAACCUAAAGCUCAAGAGAAAAAGGAAGAGGUAGUGACAGUGGUGCUGAGAGUUCACAUGCAUUGUGAAGCAUGUGCCAUGGAGAUCCAAAAGCGAAUCAUGAGAAUGAAAGGAGUGGAGUCUGUGGAACCAGAUUUUAAAGCAUCACAAGUGAGCGUGAAAGGAGUUUUUGCACCGGAGAAGCUAGUUGAAUUCCUUUACAAGAAAAUCGGAAAACACGCAGCGGUUAUUAAGCAAGAUCCGCCGCCAAAACCGCCGGGGAAAGAAAAAGAAACGAAAGAUAAAGACGAGAAGAAAAAGGAAGAGGAACAAUCCAAAGAAGGAAAAGGGGCCAAGGAAGACGGUGAUGGAGGAGGGGCUAAACCGGCUGCCGAAGGGGGCAGUGCUGCGGUGGAGGAGGGGAACAAACCGGUGGACUUGAAGAAGAACGAAUAUCAAUACCAACCACCGAGGUAUCCCGUGGAGAUGUUUGCUUAUCCACCACAAAUAUUCAGUGACGAGAACCCCAACGCUUGUACCAUGAUGUAA